AUGCAGAGCGAUGUCUCGGAGCAUCCCGGCAAGCGGCCCCGACUUGAGGGCAGUCCAGGAACCUCGCGAAUCACUUACACCAUAGCGGCAGAGAGAACCCCGGAUCCCAAACACCAUUCUGACUACCAGACCUGUGACCCGGAGCAACUGUGCGCCUUUCUAAAGAGCCGUGGCUUGAACGUCCCUGAGCUGCUGAUACAUUUCCGAGAAGACAAAAUGAGAGGUUCACUACUGCCCUUUCUUGAUUUUCUUCUUGAAAAUCUUGGAGUGAGUUACUUGGGAGAUAGAAAGGAGCUGCUUCCUUAUAUCCGAAGACUGAGUCAAACUCAAGUUGAUACAAUGAAGGUUAUUAAUGAUCCUAUUCAUGGCCACAUUGAAUUCCACCCUCUCCUCAUCCGAAUCAUUGACACACCUCAAUUUCAGCGGCUUCGAUACAUAAAACAGUUGGGAGGCAGUUACUACGUAUUUCCUGGAGCUUCACACAACCGAUUUGAGCACAGUCUGGGGGUAGGGUAUCUAGCAGGCUGCCUCGUUCGUGUGCUGCAUGAAAAACAACCAGAGCUGCAGAUAACUGAGCGGGAUAUGCUCUGUGUUCAGAUUGCAGGGCUCUGUCAUGAUUUAGGUCAUGGGCCAUUUUCUCACUUGUUUGAUGGAAGAUUUAUUCCACUUGCUUGCCCAGAGGUAAAAUGGACGCACGAACAGGCCUCAGUCAAGAUGUUUGAGCACCUAGUUGAUUCUAAUGGACUCAGAGAAGUCAUGGAACACUAUGGUCUUAUCCCUAAAGAAGAUGUUUAUUUUAUUAAGGAAUUAAUUAUAGGACCACUUGAAUCCUGCAACCAAGAGUCUGUGUGGACAUAUAAAGGGCGUCCGAAAGAGAAAAGCUUCCUCUAUGAGAUUGUGGCUAAUAAAAGAAAUGGCAUCGAUGUGGACAAAUGGGAUUAUUUUGCCAGGGACUGCCAUCAUCUCGGAAUCCAAAAUAAUUUUGAUCACAAGCGCUUUAUCAAGUUUGCCCGUGUCUGUGAAGUAGAUAAGAAGAAGCAUAUUUGUACUAGAAAUAAGGAAGCUUGGAAUCUCUAUGACAUGUUCCACAUACGCAACUGUUUACACCGCAGAGCUUACCAACACAGAGUUGGUAAUAUCAUUGAAACCAUGAUUACAGAUGCUUUCCUUGAAGCAGACCCCCACAUAGAGAUUACAGGUGCUGAAGGAAAAAAGUAUCACAUUUCUACAGCAAUUGAUGACAUGGAAGCCUUCACUAAACUAACAGUUCCAGUAUCCCUUUCCCCUCUUGCUGUUGAAGUCUUUCUCUUUGAAGAGUAUAAAAAUCUUCCACAACAGGUUGCUGGUGCUAAAAGUCAUGUAUCACAACAAGAUGAACUGGAGCCUAAAGAUUUGGUAGUGGAUGUUAUCAACAUGGAUUAUGGAAUGAAAGACAAGAAUCCUAUUGAUCACGUUUACUUCUAUUGUAAAGAUAAUCCCACCGAAGCAUACAAGAUUGAUAAACAUCAGAUUUCACAGCUUCUGCCUGAGAGAUUUGCUGAGCAGCUGAUUCGAGUGUACUGUAAGAAAACCGAUAAAAAGAGUUUGGAUGCUGCACAAAAUCUUUUUAAAGAGUGGUGCUUCAGCAAGAAUUUUCCCAUACCACAAGAUGACGAUGUUAGAAACCAACCCAAAACACCUGCAAAACAGGAUAAGCAUUGCCCAUCUUCAGAUCCGAGUUUAUCUUGUGGCCCAGAAAAACCCAAAGUCAAACGCCAGCUUUUUAAUGAUAAAUCGCCUGGAUGUGAGGAAAAGCCUUCUCCCUAA